AUGCUCAUUUCGUUCAAUGAAUUUCUUUUCCUUCUUCUACUCAUUCUCUCUCUCUCUCUCUCUCUCUCUCUCUCUCUCUCUCUCUCUCUCACUCUCUCUUUAGGUAGCUCUCUCUUUUUCUCACAAUCCUGUUUUUGUUCUCUCAGCAUGUCUCUCAAUCAUUGCAUCUUUCUCUCUUUUUCUCACAAUCCUGUUUUUGUUCUCUCAGCAUGUCUCUCAAUCAUUGCAUCUGUCUCUCCCCCCCCUCUCUCUCUCUUUAGCAUGUCUCUCAAUCAUUUCAUUUCUCUCUCUCCCUCCCCCUCUGUCUCUCGCUCUUUAGUUAACUCUCUCUUUUUCUCACAAUCCUGUUAUUGUUCUCUCGGCUUUCCUCUCACUCAUUGCAUUUCUCUCUUUCUCUUCAUCUUUCCCUUACUUCCUCUCUCCUUUUCUAUCACUCUUCAUUCUUACUUUCAGUUUGCACUCUCUCUCUCUUUCAAUUAUUUGCUCUUCGUUUCUGGUUCGUCAGCAUUUAUUCUUUCCGUCGACUCCACUCUCAUUUCUUUCUACUUUGGCCCCAUCUUCUCUGUCUCUCUUCCUCGCCCUCUCUUCGCUCGCCUCCUUUUUAUUUAUUCUCUCUCUCUCUCUCUCUCUCUCUCUCUCUCUCUCUCACUCAAUCUUCCUUUUAUUUUCCUCUUUCUCUCGGGCCUUUCGCCAUCUUUCUCUCGUUCACCUCCAAUCUCUCUUUUUGGAAGCCUAUCGCAAAUACGUUAG